AUGGUUGGCAAACGUCAGUGGAACGCAGAGCAGCAGGGCCCUCGCCAUCGCGGCCAGCACGUCGGCGAGGAAGCUCACCAUCAAGGCUCCGAUGAGCACCCUCGUGAUCUCGAAACAGGUCGCUACCAUUCUUUCGACGGCACGAAACAAUCACGCCCUAGACCUCGUAUCCUCCAAUUCCAAGACGCAGCCCGCACAGCCCUCGAAGAUGCGCGGCGCGGCGAGAUCAAGCGCGCUCUGCUGCACGGCAUCGACCGCCAGGGUUUAGAGAAGUAUCGGAAAUCGGACGAGGAGCUCAAAGGCAUGAAGAAUAAAAAGGUCCGCGCUUUCUACGAACAGCAGAACGAGCGACUUAAUGAUUGGCUCGAGGUCGAUGCGGUCGUUAUGGCUAUUGCGGAUGACGUGCUAGAGUCCAUGAAUCCUGAUCCUGACCAUGACGGUGACCAGGAGCGCUGCGGAGGAAUUCAGCGUGUGGAGGGAAAUAUUGGAGAGUUGUUGCCGGAAGAAGAGAAGCAGAAGAGGAGGAAGGCGGCCAAGAAGGCGAGCUAUGCUAUCAACAUCAACGUGGUAGCCAAUAUUCUUCUGCUGGCGGGUAAGACUUUUGCGGUCUUCACCACGGGUUCCCUAUCGCUUGUGGCAUCCCUUGUAGACUCGGCGCUGGAUCUCCUGUGUACACUUAUAGUCUGGUCGACGAGUCGUCUUGUCCUUUGGCGGUUGCAGGCGAUGCAGCGACGAUUCCCCGUUGGAAGACGCCGUCUCGAACCACUCGGGAUUCUCGUUUUCUCCAUCAUCAUGGUUAUAUCCUUCCUCCAAAUCCUCCAGGAAUCGUUCUCUCGACUUCUUCCUCCGCAUGCUGAAGCUGAGGUUCUGAGCUGGACUGCUAUCGCUUCACUCCUAGCGACGAUUGUUCUCAAGGGGGCUAUUGGCCUCGGAUGUCGACCCAUCAAGUCCAGCCAAGUUCAAGCUCUCGUGCAAGACUGCAAAACAGACGUGAUUUUCAACACGCUCUCACUUCUGUUCCCCUUCAUCGGAUACCGCGCCAACAUCUGGUGGCUGGACCCUGCGGGUGCAGGCCUCCUAUCCAUCUUCAUCAUCUACGACUGGGGCCACACAUGUUUCGAGAACGUGGUGCGUCUCUCAGGCGAAGCAGCCGACGACCACACCCUUAAGAAGCUCAUCUACCUCGCAUACCGCUUCGCGCCUGUCGUGGCGGGCUUCAAGAAUGUAACAGCGUACCACGCAGGCGACGGUGUCUGGGUCGAGUUUGACGUGUUACUCGAUGAAAAGACGCCGUUGAAUAGAUCGCAUGAUAUUGCUGAGACGUUGCAGUAUUGUGCGGAGGGAUUGGGAGAGGUUGAUAGAGCGUUUGUGACGACGGAUUAUGCGGCUUCGGGGCCAUUGGGACAUGCGCUUGAUUCAGAGUGGAAUCAUUAG